AUUCGAUUUCAUUACUCAAUUUGUGGCACAAAAUAAGAGUCACAUUUGUUAUAGCCUAUGUCUCAUGUUAUAACAAUAUAACUUUAAAGUUUAUAUAAGCAUCACACAGGACCCUAAAUUUGUAUGGUACAAAUAAUUAACAAGACAAAAAAAAUAAAGGAAAAACUUGAAAGGUAAAUAUUAGCAAUUUGUGUAAUUUUAUUUACUAAAUAAAAAAAUUGGAUGAGGACUGAGUAAUUAAAGCCAAAUGGAUCAACAUCCCCAAAUUUCGAAUUAAAAAAACAGAUCUUUUUUUCUUCCUUUUGUGUAUAGGUGGCAAAUUCUAAUUUAUUUACAAACCUUUAACCAAUUACCAAAAAAGAGCAUUUAAAAGAUUUUAUUUUUAUUAUUUUCUGUUGAAAAAAACAACAGCUCAGUUUUCUAUUCUUUGAAUCUGAAUUUACAAAUCCUUCCCCUCAGUCACCAUCAACACAGACUGGAGCAAAAACUUGAAGAAUAUUUAGUUCAAUGGCUACUGAAGAGUUAGCUGAUACUAAAGAAUGGAACAUCGUAAAGAACUGGCGGAAUACACAGAAAGAAAAAGAGAGAGAACGUCGUAGAAUUCGUGAUAGAUUGAGAAGGCAAACAAUGAGCAGUGAGGAGAGGGAAAAACAUUUAGCUAGACGUCGAAGAAACUAUCAAUUGAGAAGACAAAAAGUGUUGAACAAUAUUUCAUUUUCAACUUCUCAAAAUUAUGACACUACUACUAGUGCAGGAUACUCAAAUGAAGAAGAAAAUCAAGCAAUUGUUCCUGUUUUAGGGCUUGGUGUUCAGUUAUCUGAUGCUACAUUUCAUCCUGAAUUGUAUAAAUCACAAGAAGAACCAACUGAUGCAUUAAGUACAUUGCCCCAAGGAGUUGAAGACAGGAGGUAUAAAGUGCAGAGAAGUCCAAAUAUUAUGCCAUUAUAUCAAAUAAGACAUCUUGCUAGAUUAUUGAAUUCUUUUUCAAGUGACAAUCAAGAAAUUUGGACCAAUUUGAUGUCCAAGGACAAUGUGAAUACAGAGAGUAGAUCGCGACGAGGCAUAAGGUUAACUGAUGUUAAGCGUCUGGCGCGAGCACUUAAUUCAAAUUGAAGAUUUUUCUCAUUUCUUUAAUAUGGAUUUUGGAACAACUUGAGGUAUCGAAGAUGGUUUCAUAUUAGCUGCAUUGUUGUUGUUAGUAAUAACAUAAAGGAUUACAAUGUUGAUCUUUCUUGGUAUAGUACAUUAGAAUCAAAUGCCAAGAAAAGUUAUUGAAUAGUUGAAAUUUAUGUACCUCCUUUGUGAACUUUGAUAUUUCAUGUUACAUAAUUAUUUUCUAUUUCACUCAUUUAAGCUUGAACUCAUCUAGUUUUAUCUAAUAAAACUUAACCAAACUAUGAGCUAGGGUAUACUUCUCUGAAA